AAAGCCAUGUUUCCAAGGAGGUCUGUACAAAAAGCCAGACUUCUACCGGCAGUUUCUGAGAGAGAGACGCUUUCCAUCCAUGGCAGCCAUUUACUUUUGCUCUGGGAGACGUCUGUAAUUGAAAAGGCACAACUGGGGUAUUUAUUCAUUUCUCCUGUUCCUCUAGUGUUCGGUGGUGUUGCCGCUGCAAGUGGGCAGGGCUAAAAUGAGCUGGUUAUCUCAGGAUCAUGGAAAACCUGGAAUCAACGCUCAAGAAUGCCCCCUAUUUUCAUUGUGAGAAGGGAACCGAUUCCAUCCCUCUAUGCCAGAAGUGUGAGACGUGUGUCUUAGCCUGGAAGAUCUUCUCUACCAAAGAGUGGUUCUGCAGGAUCAGUGACAUAUCACAGAGGAGGUUUCUAGUUAGCAUUCUGAAGCAGUUAAAUAGCUUGUAUUUGUUACACUAUUUCCAGAAUAUCCUUCAGACCACACAGGGAAAGGAUUUCAUCUAUAACAGGUCCCGGAUCGACCUGAGCAAGAAAGAGCGGAAAGUUGUGAAGUCCUUCUUGAACCAAAUGUUGGAUAAAACAGUAGAACAGAAGAUGAAGGAGAUCUUGUACUGGUUUGGGAACAGCACCCACUGGACCAAGGCGAAUUAUACUCUCUUACUGCUGCAGAUGUGCAACCCCAAAUUACUGCUCACUGCUGCCAAUGUGAUCAGAGUCCUGUUUCUGAGAGAGCAGAACAAUAUCUCAGGGCUCAAUCAAGACAUCACAGAUGUGUGUUUUUCCCCCGAGAAAGAUGACAGCUCCAAGUCUGUGACCUCACAAGUCUAUUGGACAGCCAAAACUCAGCACACAUCCCUUCCUUUGUCCAAAGCCCCAGAAAAUGAACACUUACUUGGGGCAGCUUCUAACCCUGAGGAACCAUGGAGGAAUUCACUCCAGUGUAUUUCUGAAAUGAAUAGGCUGUUUUCUGAAAAAGGAGGCAUAACCAAGCCAGGGUACGAUCCCUGCAAUCUAUUGGUUGACCUGGAUGACCUCAGAGACCUGUCUUCUGGGUUCAGCAAAUACCGAGACUUCAUCCGUUACCUGCCCAUCCACCUCUCCAAGUACAUUCUAAGAAUGCUGGAUAGACACACCCUGAACAAGUGUGCCUCUGUGAGCCAGCACUGGGCCGCCAUGGCUCAACAGGUCAAGAUGGACUUGUCAGCGCACAGCUUCAUUCAGAACCAGAUUGUCUUCAUGCAGGGGUCCUACACAAGAGGAAUUGAUCCUAAUUAUGCCAAUAAGGUUUCUAUCCCAGUUCCUAAAAUGGUAGAUGACGGGAAGCGCAUGCGUGUGAAACAUCCGAAGUGGAAGCUGAGGACGAAGAAUGAGUACAACCUAUGGACUGCAUACCAGAACCAGGAAACGCAGCAGGUCCUAAUGGAGGAGAGAAAUAUUUUCUGUGGAACCUACAAUGUUCGCAUUCUCUCUGACACGUGGGAUCAAAAAAGAGUCAUCCACUAUUCCGGGGGAGAUCUGAUAGCUGUGUCAUCUAAUCGAAAGAUCCAUCUUCUGGACAUCAUGCAAGGAAAAGUGAUACCCGUUGAAUUCCGAGGCCAUGCUGGGAGUGUCCGGGCCCUCUUCCUAUGUGAGGAGGAAAAUUUUCUCCUAAGCGGGAGCUAUGACCUAAGUAUCAGAUACUGGGAUCUGAAAAGUGGGGCUUGCACACGAAUCUUCGGUGGUCACCAGGGGACUAUCACUUGCAUAGAUUUGUGUAAGAACAGGCUCGUGUCGGGAGGAAAAGAUUGCCAGGUAAAAGUAUGGGAUGUAGACACAGGGAAGUGCCUGAAGACGUUUAGACACAAAGACCCCAUCUUGGCCACCAGGAUCAAUGAUACCUACAUUGUGAGCAGCUGUGAGCGAGGGGUGGUGAAAGUGUGGCACAUUGUCAUGGCCCAGUUGGUAAAGACUCUCAAUGGCCACGAGGGAGCCGUGAAGUGCCUGUUCUUCGACCAGUGGCAUCUCCUCUCGGGAAGCACUGAUGGCCUGGUCAUGGCCUGGAGCAUGGUGGGGAAGUAUGAGCGCUGCCUGAUGGCCUUCAAGCAUCCCAAGGAGGUGCUCCACGUGUCCCUUCUCUUCCUCCGGGUCAUCAGCGCCUGCGCAGAUGGCAAGAUCAGAAUUUACAAUUUCCUCAACGGGAACUGUAUGAAGGUGAUAAAAGCCAAUGGCAGAGGCGAUCCUGUGCUGUCCUUCUUUAUUCAGGGCAACAGGAUGGUGGUCAACACAGAGAGCAAUGUUCUCGUGUUCCAGUUCGAACACAUAAAGUGGCAGUAUGCCAUGGAAAAAACGAAACAAAAGAAUAAGAAGGAGAAAGAGGAGGAAAAAGAAGAAAACAGCCUCAUGGAAAUUCUCUCUAAGUCUAAUAUGCAGGUUCACAGCCCGAGAGAAUCUGUAUCCAGUAAACAAACUGUGAUCCAAGAGCUUCUACCGAGCAAACCUCCCAAGUCUCGAGUACUCCUGAAGCCAGCCAAGUUCUCUUCAGAAGCAGAUGAUGUGGAGAAAGCACCAAAACAAGGACAAUUGGAAACUCCUGAAAAACUGCUCAAUCACCCAAAGAAAAAGUCUUGGAAAAUUCCUAUGUCACCUGACCAAUUCCUCCUGACUGUCAGCGCCCUGCAGCAAGCCCAUAAUUCCGGGAAAUUCGCCUAUCCCUGUAGGCCCCGAACAGAAAUUAUUGAUGUCUGGGGACCUUCAAUUUCAUACCCAAGGAAGGUCUUGAAUUUCAAAGGAAAAUCCAUCCAACAUGCAGUUGAUCAGUUGAGAUUGAGCAAUCCUCCUAUAGAUGUGAAACAAACCAGUAUUCCCCUUGAAAUCCAGAAACUGCAGCCCAACUUGAAGAUCUCUUUGCACAGUCCCAGAGUCCAGUCCACUUUGCCGCAGCCCAUGAUUAUCCGCUCCAGGUUCUCUGGCAAGUUAAAGGGUGGAGACCAAGUGACCAGUUCAAUUGAAAGGGCAGUGUGCAGUCCCCUGACCAGUAUGCAGGUCAUUAAACCAAACCGCAUGCUAGCUCCAAAAGUGGGCACAGCCACCCUGUCUCUUAACAAAGAACGGCCUCGCAUCUACACAGCCCUUGAUCCCCUUAGAGUGAACACUGAGUUCGUGCUGUUGACCGUGAAGGAGGAGAAAGAGCACCAGGAAGCCAAGAUGAAGGAAUAUCAGGCCAGGGAGUCCACUGGAGUGGUUGAUCCAGGAAAAGCCAGCAAAGCUGCAUGGAUCAGGAAAAUCAAAGGCCUGCCUAUUGAUAAUUUCAUGAAGCAAGGGAAAACAGCGGCCCCUGAACUUGGACAAAAUGUAUUUAUCUGAACCAGCCUUGGGAAAUUACAAUGUUUUACAAUAAACAGCCAAGUGGAUGUUGC